AUGCAUUCAUACAACGAUUUAUUAAAUCGUGGCGGUAAUCAAAAACUUGGAGAACUUUUAGAACGACAAAAUUCGUUGGUUUCUGACAUACCAUUAGCUAUAUUUUAUACAAGUGGUACAACAGAUAAACCAGAAGCAGCGACAUUAACAAAUUUUCAAAUGUUAAAUAGCGUAGCAGUUGUCAAUGAACAUCUUGGAAAAUAUUUUACUCAAUUAUGUGUACCCAUACCCACGUUUCAUAUAUUUGCAGAAAUAAUUGGAACAUUCCACAUUGCUGUUGAAAAUAAAAAUUGUCUAGUAUAUCCGGCAAUGUUACAAGAUACACUGAAAACAAUGAAAUUCAUUCAAAAUGAAAAAUGUACAGCACUAAUUUGA